GCGAAACCAAACACAUGUGUUUAACAUUUGAUCGCGAUGAAUUAAAUAGGGAAAACUUCAAACUAUAAUGGAUUCGAUGUCAAAGUAAGUGAAAAGUGAUAUUUGUGAUACAGAAAAUGCUGCAGUGAUAAAUAAGUAUGACGGACACGGACCAUUCGUUGACAGAGGAGUCAGGAGGUGUGGCAAAUUUUGAGUGGAGUGAAGACUCAGUGACCGUGUUAAAUAAUUUCGACAACGGCACAAGUCUCCCUUGCGUCGCGCGUCUCGAGUCCAUUGCAGGGGCUGGAGCCAGCUCCCUUCCCCCGGGUCUCAGUAUCUACGCAGGUCAGCCGGUACUAUUGCACGAGCGCACGUGCAAGAAGCACGCGAAGGCUCGAACUAUAUACCAUGACAAAGACGGGCCGUACUUUGAAGUCGGACAGACGCUUGAUAUUCCAGAUGAUUUUCAAGGUUGGUUCGAGGUAGUUCCGCCGGACUUCGGUCGCGGGAAUGUGUUCCGAUCUAUCGAGCAAGUGGCGCAGAGCAGCGGCCGGAAGUUCUUCACGCGCACAAACAUCCGGGCUAUCAGGGUGCACGCGGAAGAGGAGGCGGCAGACGAGGAGACGCAGUCGUUCAAGGAGCGCAAGAUCCCAGCGGGGACCGUGCUCACCGUGAAGGGUACCUUCGCCGCAAAAUGGCAGACAACAGCGCAGACUGGUUUCAUAAAACGAAAGAGCAAGGAGUACACUACAGUGGAGAUUCCAUAUCUUAAAUGUCUGGAUACAGACGACACGGAGGUGCUCGUUCCGCUCUCCACGAGAGGGCGCUUCAGUCUCGUGUAUGAGAAAGGAGUGCGAGACUCGAGGACGGUGUACCGGAUAAAAGACAUUUUAGAGGAUUUGCAACUUCCGCUCAAAGUGAGAAUGGUUUACGGGAAACCGCCUAUGGUGCCGUGUAUUUUUAGCGGAAUGUUAGCACUAAAGGGAAAGGCCAAAGAAGACACUAUCAUAGCAAGCACAAUUUUAAACAAACGAAACGUGUUGUUCGAACUUCCUGUGGACGCUAAUUGUGCAGUAACAACCGCAGUCAACAUGGAGCAGUUUGAAAACAUGCGGACUUACAUUGAUGCUCAGUUGUUGUGCAAGAAAUACGCGCAUUCGUUUGGAACGCUGAUUAAACUUUCGCCUGAAAUGGAUACGAAUCAAUCGAUGAUUCAGCACAUUCCGACGGAGAAGCGAAAGUCACGUGACGAGAGUCUUAAGACGCUUGACUUAAUCACUAACAUAAGUGUUACAGACGAUGAACCGAAUGACUUCAUGUUUGAGAGUUCCGACAAUGAUUCGGUGCAAAGCGCCGAGUUACCGCCCUUGGGUAUGGGGCAGAUGAUGGAUAUACGGGAGAUAACUCUGCCUAAGACCUCUCAGAUGAUCAGCGAUGCAUAGUCUACGUUAAAAGCAGCUUUUGUAUCAACACGCGUAUAAUCAAAGAUAUAUCAAAAGUGCAUUGUCAUGAGUAUAGCGUUCUCACUGAUCAAAAAUUAGUUCACCGACUGCACCCUACAUAUUGAUAUUAUGUUUUGCUUAUUGUGUACUGCAUUUCUUACCUCAUUACGUUUUCAUAAUUAUACCCCCACAAACGAAGUUUAGGGGGGUAUAUAGGAGUGAACUUGUCUGUCGGUCGGUCGGUCGGUCGGUCGGUCGGUUGGUCGGUUGGUCGGUCGGUUGGUCGGUCGGUCGGUCGGUCUGUCGGUCUGUCUGUCGGUCCGUAUUAAGUGUCCGCUCUCUAAUUCAAGUAGUUUUUAUCCGAUCUUCACCAAACUUCGUCAGAAAUUGUAUCUACAUGAUGUCUAGGCCAAGUUCGAACAUGGGUCUUGCCAGGUCAAAAACUAGGUCACGGGGUCACUUAGUGCGUUUUAAACAUUCAGCAUGCUGUCCGCUCUUUAAUUCAAGUAGUUUUCAUCCGAUCUUCACCAAACUUGGCCAGAAGUUGUAUCUAGAUGAUGUCGAGGCCAAGUUCGAACAUGGGCCUUGCCGGGUCAAAAACUAGGUCACGGGGUAACUUAGUGCGUUUUUUAACAUUCAGCAUGGUUUCCUCUCUUAUUCAAGUAGUUUUCAUCCGAUCUUCACCAAACUUGGUCAGAAGUUUUAUCUAGAUGAUCUGAAGGCCAAGUUCGAACAUGGGCCAUGCCAGAUCAAAAACUAGGUCACAGGGUCACUUAGUACGUUUUACACAUUGAGCAUGGUGUCCGCUCUCUAUUUCAAGAAGUUUAAAUCCGAUCUUCACCACACUUGGUCAGAAGUUGUAACAAGAUGAUGUGUAGGUCAAGUUCAAACAUGGGCCAUGCCGGGUCAAAAACUAGGUCACGGGGUCACUUAGUGUGUUUGAAACCUCACCAUGUUGUCCGCUCUCUAAAUCAAGUAGUUUUUAUCCAAUCUUCACCAACAUUGGUCAGAAGUUGUAUCUUAUUAAUGUCUAGGGCAAGUUUGAAUAUGGGUCAUGCCGGGUCAAAAACAAGGUCACGGGGUCACUUAGUGCGUUUAAAACAUAACAAUGCUGUCCGCUCUCUAAUUCAAGUAGUUUUCAUUCAAUCUUCACCAAACUUGGUCAGAAGUUGUAUCUAGAUGAUGUCUAGGUCAAUUUUGAAUAUGGGUCAUGCCGGGUCAAAAACUAGGUCACGGGGUAUCUUAGUGCGUUUUAAACCUCACCAUGUUGUCCGCUCUCUAAUUCAAGUAGUUUUCAUCCAAUCCUCACCAAACUUGGUCACACGUUUUAUGUAAAUGAUCUCUAGGACAAGUUUGAACAUGGGCCAUUCCGGGCCUAAAAAUAGGUCACGGGGUCACUUAGUGCGUUAUUUUUUACAUUCAGCAUUGUGUCCGCUCUCUAAUUCAAGUAGUUUACAUCCGAUCUUCACCAAACUUGGUCAGAAGUUUUAUGGAGAUGAUCUUAAGGCCAAUUAAGAACAUGGGCCUUCUUGGGUCAAAAACUAGGUCAAGGGGUCACUAAGUGCGUUUUAAAAAAUAAGCAUGGUGUCCGCUUUUUUGUGUGAAGACGACAUGCAAAAUAUUAAGUGUCAAUGCGGAAUGUGGGGGUAUUCGUCACGUCUGUGACAAAGCUUUAGUUUAUUUAGUUGUUUUUUCACCCACACGAGCUUUCAUCUACAUGCGUUGUAUUUAUACAUGUGAGAAAGUACAUUAAAAAAAACGUUGACCCAUAAAAACAUCAAAGCAAGUAUCUUUUGCAUUUUAAUAACAUUCACUUGAAUCAUAUGUUAGUUUUUAUUGGAUGUGGAUUCACUGAUUGUGGUGCUUUAUUUUAUAUCGAAAUAGAAAUGUUAUGAAUUUAA